GCCUACCACGCUUAUGUGUAAGAAAUGUGGGAAAGCUGAAGUUGCUGGUGUUGCAGAGUGUCUCACGAAGCUCUCUGUAUAUGAUAACAAUGAUCAAGCGUUUUUUGUGCUUCUUAGUGACGCUGGGCGUGAGUUGACUGGGAAGCCAGCAUCGAAAUUGGUUGAGAGCUACUUUGAGGCCAAUGAGAACGUAGGAGAUGAUCAUGUGAUCCCGGUGCCACAAGCUCUGAUUGGUACCAUUGGACAAACUCACAAGUUCAAUGUCAAGGUUUCAAAACACAAUUUGGAAGGCACGACCCAAGCUUUGACUGUCACAAAGGUACUCCCUCCUGAAGCUCCAGCACCCGAAGGCAACUUAGAAGAAAACAUGAUUGCUCAUUCCGCCGAAGAAACUUUGCAGAUGGGUAAUCACGAGGAUGGUCCUUCCAUUGAGAAUGAGGAAGCUGCAGAUGAAGUGGGAAAAAUGAGUUCUGAUGGGAUUGAGUCAGGAGAAGCUAAGCGUGCCAAAUGUGGUGAAUAUGUUUUAAGUACUGGUUUUGGUUUAUUGAAAGACUAUGCUUUGUUUCAUUGGCUAAUAAGUUUUAAGAACUGAUUUUGGUUUAAUAAAGGACUAUGCUUUGUUUCAUUUUAUUUUCGAGUUUGUCUUGGCAGCAUUUUAACUGUCUUGGUUAUAAUAUCUUUUGGUUAUACUUA